UGGGCGCAAACCAUCACGGAUAUACCAUAUGUUUUAGGUGACUCAAAUGAUCCAAUGCGGUCCUAUUUGCUAGUAACACCGGCCAUCUUUUCCCAGAAAACAGUGUUUGUUUGGUAAUUUAGCUCAAAAUUAACUUUGUAAUUAAUGUCAGAACCACAGUCAGCCCUUCUACUAAGAAAACAGCUAGCAGAAUUGAAUAAAAACCCCGUCGAGGGCUUUUCUGCUGGGCUAAUCGACGACAAUGACAUUUAUAGAUGGGAAGUGCUGAUAAUCGGCCCCCCGGACACACUUUACGAAGGUGGUUUCUUCAAAUGUCACCUCUAUUUCCCCAAAGAAUAUCCAUUAAGGCCGCCCAAAAUGAAAUUCGUGACAGAAAUAUGGCACCCUAACAUCGACAAAAAUGGCGACGUGUGUAUAUCAAUCCUACAUGAGCCAGGGGAUGAUAAGUUUGGUUAUGAAAAAGCCUCAGAAAGGUGGCUGCCAGUUCAUACAGUAGAAACUAUUUUAAUAUCCGUUAUUUCAAUGUUAGCCGACCCGAAUGAUGAAUCACCUGCGAAUGUCGAUGCUGCGAAAGAGUGGCGAGAAAUGUACGGCGAAUUCAAACGAAAAGUUGCACGAUGUGUCCGAAAAUCCCAAGAGGAAUGUUAGUACAUUAAACCAAUUUCAUAAAACGGUUUGAUUCUUGAUUUAAAAAUUCGCAUUUUUUAUAUUACCUGGAAUCGAAUCCGUUGCUUUUUUCUUAAUUUUUUUCACGAUCUCAAAGAGAAUCGGAUUAUUCUUUUCAAUAAAUAUCAUUCAGUUUUUUGUGCGUUUAAUUCAAAUUUUCAGCGUGAAUGUGGUAUUGUAAAACGAAAAAGCGAUCGUCAAGAUUCAAAUGUUGUCUUAAUUGUAAUACUUAAGACAUUUGUCGAAACACUACUUGUAACUGCUAUUAGAUUAUGUAAAUUUCAACUGUAACACUGUAGGUAUCAUAAGUUAAGUAAAUUUUAUUAAUAAAUC